ACAGGUUAGAUGUGCUUUAUCAAUCCCCUGUAGUAGUGGCUGGUGGUACAACUCCGGGGAAGCUUUUUCUGCUUCAUGCCCUUCCUACUGUAGUGCACAAGGGGAAAAGAAAGUGAGUGCAGGCUUUACCAGCUCAUCGGCAGUGUGUGUGUGUGGUGGACACUGAACAGCUAGGUCUGUGAAAAGGAAAUACUGGAGAGAAUGUAAGGAAGUACAAGUGGCAGAAGGCAGAGGCAGUCUGAAUUAGAUUUGCACUUGGGACCUUUCAGUGGUUGGAUGUAUAGACGUUCUGGGCUGCUGCUUUAUUUAAGGGACCAUGCCAACUGACGAUUACCAUCUCCCUCCAGAUGCCCUGCCCCCCUUACCAGAGAUCCUGGAUGGUCGGACAGCACUGAGCACUGUCCCUUUGGGGCGUAUCCAUUCAGAUACGCGAGCUUUCCGAUACUGCAGCGUUCGAAGCAUGGACUCCUCAGACAGCGACCGGCCUGUGAGCUACAGCUCCACCUCCUCCUCGGCCUCCUCCCGUAAUAGCCAUUGCUCCCUGGGCAGCCGCACUACCCUGGUCUCCAACAGCCACCUGGGCCUGGUCCCUGCACUGCAGGACCGGGAUGUGGGAGCAAUCCGACUGGAGCUGGUCCCUGCCAGGCAGUUGGACUGUAGAGAGAGGCAGGGGAGCCAGGUUGAAGGGACUGAGCUGGAGGAGAAGCAGCGAACCGAUGGCAAGGGAUCCGGAAAACACAAUGCAACAUCGAUGCCGGCCGUCAAGCCAGACAGUCCCAAGCUUCUUUACGUGGACAGGGUUGUCCAAGAAAUCCUUGACACAGAAAGGACCUAUGUACAAGACUUGCAGAGCAUUGUGCAGGAUUACCUUGACUGCAUCACUGACCAAUCCAGGCUUCCCCUUGGGACAGAGGAGAGGUCAGAACUCUUUGGCAACAUUCGUGAUAUCUACCAUUUCAACAGUGAGCUCCUUCAAGACCUGGAGAACUGCGACGCUGAUCCUGUAGCCAUAGCAGAGUGUUUUGUUGCGAAGAGUGAAGAGUUCCACAUUUAUACCCAAUACUGCACCAACUACCCAAGAUCAGUAGCUGUGCUGACAGAAUGCAUGAGGAACAAGGCACUGUCCAAGUUUUUCCGGGAGCGUCAAGAAGCUCUGCAGCACUCCCUCCCGCUCGGCUCCUACCUGCUCAAGCCGGUUCAGAGAAUCCUCAAGUACCACCUCCUCUUGCAUGAAAUAGCAAACCACCUGGACAAAGACACUGAGGCUUAUGAUGUAGUGCCUGAUGCCAUUGACACAAUGCAAAGGGUUGCGUGGCACAUAAAUGAUAUGAAGAGAAAACAUGAACAUGCAGUGAGGCUACAGGAGAUACAGAGUUUACUUACCAAUUGGAAAGGUCCAGACUUGAUUAGCUACGGGGAGCUGGUUUUAGAAGGAACAUUCCGCAUCCAGCGUGCCAAGAAUGAACGCACUUUGUUUCUAUUUGAUAAACUUCUGCUUAUUUCUAAGAAGAGAGAAGAAUCCUAUGCAUACAAAGCCCACAUUUUGUGUUGCAAUUUAAUGUUGGUGGAAGUCAUACCAAAGGAACCACUUAGCUUUAGUGUUUUCCAUUACAAGAACCCCAAACUUCAACACACUGUACAGGCCAGAUCCCAGCAGGACAAACGACUCUGGAUUCUUUAUUUAAAAAGACUAAUACUUGAAAACCACCCUGCUAAGAUACCAGCCAAGGCUAAGCAAGCUAUUCUGGAGAUGGAUGCUGCUCAUCACCCAGGUUUCCAUUAUAGCCCAGAGGGUGAAAAGAAAGCUGCUUUAAACUCUAAAGAAGGCGGCAAUCCUCGGAGGGUGAGGAGGAAGUCAGAACCGUCUGCUCGCUUACAGAGACUUUCAAAACAAAAUGAAAUUAGUUCUGAUGUGCAAAAGCGGAUCAGUGUGGAAGAGUCUCUCCUGUCUCAGGCUGCCAAGCUGGGCUCGAGUGAUGAUCCCCUGAACUCCAGUGGCAAAGAGGGCAGCCUAGUGAAUCAGUCCCAGGAGUCGCUGGACCCCACCUACCCAAGCGACCCAGAAGAGAGUCUUCACGUGCAGGCUGUGGAGCAAGCCGAUGCUGAUGAUGAGGACGAGACUGAGCAGGGUGUUGAGUUGAACUCCAAAACUCAAACGAAAGGAGGCAGGAAAAGACUCAACAGCCAAGCUUCAGAGAAUGUUGAAAAGAGAAGAAGUCUUAAUGUCGGCACACGUGAUUUGCAGACAUCUAAAGAAUCCAAUGACACUGGGCACUCAGGCAUUAACAAAAGCACUACCAAUUCUGUGCGCCACCCUGCCAAGCAGUCAGGCACCCAGAGCAACUCAGAUUUGAACGUUGUUCUGGGAGGUCCUCAGGCCAUCCGAAACAUCUGGACAGAUCAUCAGAUCAGGCAAGCGUUAUUUCCAAGCCGACAACCCGCCCAUCAAGCUGAAGAAGAGGAGGACCUGUUGUUUGUGCCUUCCGCCUCCACACCCAAUCUCAACGUCACCAAAGCUAAAGAAGGGAACCGAGGUCCUGGAAGGCCAUGCAGUUGGCAUGUUGGACAACCUGAAGAAACUAACACUAAAGCCAACCGUAAGGUUAUUAAAAGAGCAAGCAGCGUUGGGGAGCAAAACUCUGAUUUCAAACCUUCGACCAUAAGAGAUGGUACCAAGCCAAAAGCACAAGACAAUAGCCUGCAAGUGGAUGAGCCCAGCAGAGUUUCUACUUCAGAGUCCUCAGAGCAGCUGACCAUUGAUGACAUUGAGAAUGUCUAUGACAACAUCAGUUACGAGGACAUGAAAUCAAUGGGCCUCAUUCGAAGAGAGCAGGGAGCAGUGGCAGAGAAAACGAAUUCAGGUGUGACCUCUACAGAAAGGCCAGUCAGUCAUGAUGGGAACUCUGGGAGUAAGGACCUGUCUCGUCUAUCUGAUACCUAUAAAGCCAAAGUUCAGGAUUCUGUUUCUUUUGGUUCUUGCGAGCUAAAAAUUGUUGAGGAGAACAUAUAUGACACAAUAGUGUUUUCGGACCUACUUUUGGAAACAUACAAGAGUGACUCGAGCAAACGGCACAGUUUCUUUGGGGUUGAGGCAGACUUUGCUUGCUGCGAUAGCCUGGGAGGGUUCAUCUCUGAAGAGAGCCUGCAGUUCAGCGAGGACGAGACAUCUGACCACCGGGUUCCUGAAGACAGAGACCUUUUGGGCUGGGUGGAUAGCUCCUCCAAUUCUGAUUCUCUUUCCCACAGGUCGGUAGCAGAUAAGCUGUCUGAAGAGGUUGAUGAGAUAUGGAAUGACCUGGAAAGCUACAUCAAGAAAAAUGAAAAGAAGCCAGACCGCCUCCCAGCCGCUUUCCCUGUUAGUAAGCAUGACGUGCAGGAGAAGGCCCAUGCUAAAAGUGUACCUGAGCUCCAUAGAGAAGAGGUACAUAGAGAAGCUGAGUACUCUGCAUCUACUUUUUCUAUUCCUGAGAACACUGGUUUCACCAAAACUGUUCAAAAGAAGUUAGCUAGGCUCAGUACUGGCAGCUUUAGGUUAGAUGAAUGUGACUCACACAAGGACAGGUCGAAUUUCAGUAGAUCUUCAUUCAUCAGUGAGGUAGGGAAUCUGGAGAGCUCUCAAACCUCCACGAACAGCAUUCUCUCCAACAUCAGCUCAGAAAGUUCAGAUCUGGGAGCAGACAUUGUGGAUAAAACAAAGAACAGGGUGUUCAUGAUGGCAAGACAGUACAGCCAGAAGAUCAAAAAGGCCAAUCAGAUGUUGAAGAUGAGAAGCCCAGAUCAGGAGAAUACACCCGGUAAGCCAAUAUUAAGGCAAAAGGAUCUUGCAGCCAUCCUGGAGGAGAAGAAACAAGGCGGUCCUGCAAUAGGUGCCAGAAUUGCAGAAUAUUCUCAGCUAUAUGACCAGAUUCUGUUUAGAGACACUCCCCCCAGAGCCCAGAAGACUGGGGGAGACAAUACUAGUGAAUCUUUGAUCCAGAACACUCCGCAGUGGCAGCUGACAUCUCGGUGCUAUUCUCAGUUUGGUUCAGACGACCACUGUCUCGAUGAGGAUUGGCUGCAUGCUACUUACAGUAAUGGAGAGCUGUCUGAUUUCAUCUCCUGGCCUGACGAACCAGAACUCUCCCAUGAGGACCGGUCAGAUGCUGCCCAACGGAAAUUGUCCCCGGCCUGCUCUGUCCCAGCCCUUAAGUCUGUUACAUACCCACAUGCCCCCACUCAACGGUGGAGCACCUUGAUAAGCCAGCCUAAUAAAGAAAACUUGAACCAGCAACAUGUUUACAAUUCUUUGGAUAGGAGGCCAGACUCUGCCAAAUCAAACCCUUACAACAGGUGUCAGUCCUCAUUCUCUGUCAUGGCAAACAGCAGAACACUGGAAUCUACAGGUCACCAGAAUCAAAGGGACAUGAUUCUGGUUACCUUAAAUAGAAAUUCAGAAGAGGACAGGCACCAUGAUUCGAUGCUGAGCCACAAAAGUGAGCAUAUGGCCAUCCAUGAAGGACAGCAACACAGUGCUGCUGAUAACCAAGCGGAUAUGAUUCUUCAGGACUCCCAGAAGGUCCUGGUGGUGAGCAGAAACUCACCACUUAACGCACACAUUGCCACUCAGAACUAUUUUGCCAAUUUCAAACACACAGACGAUGGCGGUGAUGAUGAGGACUAUGUGGAGAUUAAGUCUGAGGAUGAAGAGCAGGACCUGGCCUCAGAACAGAACUUGAAUGGGGGAUUGGCGUCCAGCCUGAAAGAGCCCUGCAGCAGGAGACUCUCACUCAGCACUCCCUGCUCACCUGUGAAGACUUUACACAGCAACGUCGGCCCCGGGGGCUCUUUGACUGACUUUACUGAACAAGAUAAACUCAAUGAAUACCUAUGGAGAGUACCCCCGGAAAACCAACAAAACAUAGUGCAGUCUCUGCGAGAGAAAUUUCACUGUCUGAGCUCCAGUAGUUUUGCUUGAGCCUCCUAAUUACAUUGCAAGCACAUGUUAUCUGCAUAUUUAUGUACACACGUAUUUAUGCGAUCCUAACUCCUUAACUUUUUUGUCUGCAGGUAGUACUGUAAUUGGUGUUAGUCAGCAAGUGGCAUUUACUUAAACUCCAGCAAUAACUUAAAUUGUGCUUCUGUACUUGUGUAAAAGUCCUUAUAUGUAUAUUUACGGAAACUAAAAACUAAGGGGCAAAGAUCUUAAUUAGAGCUGGUAAACAGGAAAGAAAUAACCUUCUUUUUUUAUUUUAUUUUUUUUUUAAGAUUAUUCAGACAGUAAGAUUUCACGGGCCUAGGUAGCUUCAACAAUAACCCCAAUCUUGAAUUUUAUUAACCUUAUUUAGCAUGUUAAAAACUGACCAGAAUUUAAAGUGAGUUUACAAUUACAAUACAUACUGUAACUGUUUUCCUUUUUUUCUGUAAUGAAAACGUCCCAUAUAAUUGAUUCUUAGUAACAUGGGCUAAUGGAAAUUAGUCCAUGAAAUCGAGAAAUUACUCUUGACACCCCUCUGUACUAUUCAAAGUACUUAUGGCAGUUGUAUCAAUUCCCAGGUUUAUUUAAAAGUUUUAAUUAUUUCUUAGCAAUUUAUACCAACAAAAAUAAUACUAAAUGCAAUAAUAAUAAUUUUCUCAAUGCUAUAUUAGUCAUUUUUAUUAAAAUAAAUAAUAAAAACUGUCAAACAAUUGGGAGGGACUCCUCAAGAGAAUACUACUUUGAUUUUUUUUUUUUAACAGAUUUUGUAUUAUUGCUCAAACUUUUAGUACACAUAGUAGUUACCUGCAUAUCAGAAUCAAGAAAGAUAACUAGUACAACAAUGUUAGUAUAUAUAAAAAAUGGGUCUCAUAGUACUGUAAUUUAAAUAGCAUUAAAAUAAACAGAAAACCCUGCAUCUUAGUUUCAUGCCAUAAUGUAUUAGUCUCCAAAUAUUUACAAACAGUGGAGUUUCUUUGUGUGUUGCUGCCAUGUAAUUUAACUGCAAUUUGAUACCUUUUAAGGCCAGUGCAUGCAUAUAUUUGACCACAUUUUAACAUUGGCAUUGUAGAGGUGCCUCAAUAGUUUCCUGUUUCACAGACAAGCACAAGUCUUGCUUUAGCUUGAACACCAAUUGGAUUUUAAGGGAUCAUGCUUUAUGAAGAAUACACUUGCAAAGAAAUGGUGUAAAUGAUUUAUUCAGCAAUGGUUCAUAUUUAUUUCAAAUCUUCCCUCUGUUUUUGAAAUGUAAAAAACAGUUGUAACUGUAUGUAACAUACCAUGUGUACGUAAAAAAAAUAAGCUGCAUACACUGUAAUAGACUAAACUAAUUUAAAGUAAGUGUCCUGUUUUAUAUUUGCAAAUAUAACCUUUCAUAUAUUUCUGUAAGGGACCAUGUAUGACCAGACUAGGGUAUAAUGGUUGGUACUGUUCAACAAUCAGAAAUUGUAGUGCUUCAGGAAUAGACUUCCCUUUUGGCCACCUUGUUAUUGAAGGUGCAACUAAAACCAAGAAUUCUCAGGAGCAAUGGUUCUUAAUGAAAGCAGGGUCAACUUUUAUACCAACAGCAAUAGUUAGCAAUAAUAAUCCUUUGUGAGAAGAAAAAAACAAGGGACAGGGGGAUUGGUACGGGACCGAAUCUGUGUGUACAGUUGUACAGAACUCUGUAGCAAGAAAGCCACCUAGGAUACAUUUCAAUACUGUUGACCUUCUGUUCCUUUCUCUAAAAUGUAAAUGGUAAGUUAUUUUUGAUUUUAAAGCACAUUUUGUUCAUUUGCUAUAUUUCAACAAUCAGAACAUUUGGAAGAUUGCUCUUAACUUGAAAUCACAAGAAGCAUUUUUUUUUGUUCAGGUAGUGUUUGUUUCUAGUAUCUGGCCAUUUUUUUUGUUUCUUUUCUUGACAUUUUUUAUAAAUGAUGCUGUUUUCUUAAUGAUCCUUGCAUCUACUGUGAAUGUUUGUUUUUUAAAAAGUCAGUGAAAAACAAAAGGUUUCAAACACUAUGUAGCAAGCUUAUAGUUACAGAGAAGCAGAAUGUUUUGGACUGUAUCUAGGCUGUUAGGCAAUACAUUGCAUUAUAUAUGUGAAUAUAGUUGAAAAGGAAUUGCAUGUUUUAUUUUCGUUUGUUGCUGUUAGAUUUUUUUAUUUUUUUUCUCUCCACAGGCUUGGAUUGUAAAAGUCUUGUCUAUGGAUAAGAGUUGGAAUUCAUGUUGCACUUUUUUUAAAUUUGUUUUGUACAUACUUUAUUUUGUAAAGAUAUAUGUAAAGUUUAGGGAAAUUAUUAUAUUGUAAUGCUUUAUAGUUUGUUUGCUUUUACUGUGCUUUAAAGCUGUGGUUUAACUAUGUUGCCAACAAAAGGACAUUAUUUGUUUUUGACUGGUAAGUUGUGUUGCUUAGGAAAAAAAAAAAUGCUGUGCUAUGUAAAACAAACCUAAUAAAAUGCAAUACAUUUUCAGAAUAGGGAAGUUUAUAGUCUGAUUUUACUUAAACCGUUUGUUAGGUAUUCUUUAGUGGUGAUGCACCAUUUUGAAUGAAGCAAAUAUUACACUACCACAAUUUCAGAUACAAGGGAAUCAACAUACACACAAUUAAAACACAUGUGAGAUUUAUUUUUAUUAUUGUUAUUAUGUAAUCAUUUACUGGGGAUACAGUGCAAGCAGCCAUACUUGUGUAACAGUUUGGUAGUACAUACAAUUGUGAUGCAACUUGUUUUAUAUUGUUUAGCACAGGUUAUUGAGAGUCUAUGCUCUAGG